AUGGAGUCAUCCUCCAUUGAUGCAACAACAGCGAGUCCGGUGUUGGAUGCAUCACAGUCCAGCAGCAACACCAAGGACACAGCGGAUGCCCACAAGGAUUCGGAGAACCCCUCCCCGCCAACCACUGCCGGCGAGUCUGCCGAGCUUGUCAUGAGUCCAGAAGGUGGCUGUUCUAGCUCUCCACCAGCUGCCCAAGAGGGCGGUGAUGCGUGCUUCGACGUGCUGGGUGCUGAAUGUAACAUGAGCCUCCUCGGUGACGUUGAAAAGUUUGACGGGAAAAUAGUGUACAACUCUGAUGGGUCUGCCUACAUAAUCGAGGGCACCGAUGUGCCGUUCGAGGAUGGCCUACCGCUUAAGCAGGAUGCCAUCAUCGAGUCCCCUGGCUUCUCGCCGGAGAAGGCAUCGUCUCAGUCAUAUCCUCGCCUUGCAUCAGCUUUUUUCGUCUCACGGAACCCUUUCUAUCAAGCACUGUGCUCUCAGGGCUACUUCCGUCUCAUGAACGACAAGGCCAAGGUUCCAGAUGCACCUGUGGUGCACAGUUACCGUGUCUACACGCUUUGUGACCAGGGCCAGACCAAAGAGAGCCCCGGGCCCAAGGGAACAGUGCAACCAAAAAGGGUGCCUGCGGAAGAAACAUCGAAAAGUGCUCUGAACCUAGAGGCUGAAUACAGUGUUCCCAUCAAACCGAUCCUCAUGUGCUUCAUCUGCAAACUGUCCUUUGGCUAUGUCAAGUCCUUCGUCGGACACGCCAUGGCGGACCAUAAGCUUUCCCUGAAUUCGGAGGAGAAGGAGUUGUUGGCAAGAAAAAACACAUCCGCGGUGAUCCAGUGCGUGGGGAAGGAUCGAGGUCCUUUGCUGUCGUUUCUCGAGCCAGUAGCACCAUCCCAGGACAGCUCCUUGAGCCAAACACCAUCCGAGAUUAGUGCGCAGUCUCCCGGUGCUGCAUCUGUGGCGUCUGGCCACUCGUUGCAUCAGGGCACCGUGCCUUCACCAGUGAUCAACACCGCUCUGGCAUCACCUCCGUUGGGGGAAAAGCCAACCGAAGAAGCCGAGCAAAAACCCGGUGGGAUUCACGUGCGCAAUGUGACUGAGCUGUUGAACGAAAACGCUCUGCACGAGAUUCUGCAGAACAGUGGCAGUGGGAACCCGUCUCAGGACCUCGGGGAACACGCUCACAUGUUGCCACACUGUGAUGAAGCCACGUUCAGUGACAACGAGAACAAGCCACUGUUCCCGACUUCCAGCCCUGGGUCAGACUCUUUCAUGUCCCGGCUCAGCGGAUCCAGUUCAUGCUCCCAGCCGAGUGGAAAGUCUGGUCCCCCGAUCCCGAGUCCACCGCGAAAUAUGGUGGGUCGCCUGCCAAUGCCUGGCUGCCCGGAACACUUCAGCGGGAAGCCACCUGGCAAAGAGUGUUCAAAUUGUGAUCUGCUGAUGAACCCGCAACUGGGCAGCCAGCAACUAAACUUGAUGCAGUCCCGGAAUUCAUGCAAGACUCUCAAAUGCCCCAAGUGCAACUGGCACUACAAAUACCAAGAAACACUGGAGAUCCAUAUGAAGGAAAAGCAUCCAGACCACGAGACAACGUGCAUGUACUGCAUCAUGAACCAACAGCAUCCGCGGUUGUCUCGCGGAGAGUCUUACACCUGUGGCUACAAACCAUAUCGCUGUGAUGUUUGCAACUACUCCACUACCACCAAGGGAAACCUCAGCAUCCAUAUGCAGUCCGACAAGCAUCUCAACAACAUGCAGGAACUGCAGCAAUCUGGUGGGGCAGGCAUUGGCCAGUCCUCAGAAAUGAGCAUUCCACCGCAGCCCACCAGCCGCCCAAGCCCGUCGCCACCCGUGAUCUCAUCUACUCAGAAGGCGAAGCCCAAGUCCACUUGGCGCUGUGAUGUGUGCAACUACGAGACAAAUGUGGCCAGGAACCUACGAAUUCACAUGACGAGUGAGAAGCACACCCACAACUUGAUUCUCCUGCAGCAGAACGUGAAGCAGAUGCAACACUUGUCGUCACUUCAGGCCCAGGCUCAGGCAGUGCAGGCCGGAUUUGACCCUGCGUCUUUACUGCUCCAAAUGGUUCCCGGAAUGAAUGCUGUCAACUCUAAUUCCAACCAGGGCAACGGAACACAAGCAGGUGACAAGGCAAUGCCGCAACACGCGGAAGUUGCCUUGGCAGAUAUGGCCUACAGUCAGGCGCUGCUUUUGCAGCUGAUGGCUUCGGGGCAACUCCCGCCACCGCUCGGUUCCACAAGCAAUGCUUCCAAUACCAUGUCUGGGAUCCCAGGUAUGCAUGGUCCCAUGACACCGCACGUGGAAGGUGACGCAGCGCCGCAAAUACCGGACAUACUCGAUCAAGGCGACCCUGUGGAACCAAAUCCGGCGCAUAUGUUUCAGUGCUGCAUUUGUGCAGUUUCAUCCUCCGACAACCUAGACGCUCUGAACAGGCACCUUACAGCUGACCGCAGUAAAACCUGCGAACCAGAAGUUCUGAUGUUAGUGGUUGGCAACUACGUCUGCAAGUUAUGCAGUUACAAGACGACUCUGAAGGCCAACUUCCAGCUCCAUUGCAAGACAGACAAACACCUGCAGAAGCUUCAGCAUGUGAAUCACAUUCGUGAAGGCGGACCGAAGAACGAUUGGCGCCUCAAGUUCCUGAGCGUGAAUCAGCCUGUGCAACUACGAUGUAACGCGUGCGACUUUUACGCCAACAGCACGCAUAAGCUUACGCUCCACACGCAGGGACCGCAACACAACAUCGGCACUGUCCUGUGGUGGCAUUUGAAGCAGGCGGAAGAGCAGAUCCCGGUGAUGAAUCGGUUGUAUUCUUGCUCUCUGUGCAACUUUUCAUCGACUGCCAAAAUGAACUUGGUACGCCAUGUGAGAUCAAUACGACACCUUCAGAUGGAGCAGUUGUACCAGAUGCGCAGGCGUCAGGAAGGCAUUGAGUCACCCGCUGACAUAUCACUCAUAUUUCUCGUCACUGAUUCUUCUGAAAAUGCUUCAAGUGAUGCUGGUAACCAAGUUCCUCAAUCAAUCGGUGACCAAGCAGCUUCCCCAUCUGACGAUAUGGAGUCUCUGCAGGGAGAUGAUGGCGGGAAUGUGAGCUUGCAGCAGUCAGCCAAGUCAAGGAUGUGUGAUCAAUUGCCAGAUGAAACUAGUGAGUGUGAAAGAAGUUGUUUAUUAUCCUGCCCCCUUUGCCAAGACUCUUUCACUCAAAGUGAAGAGAGAGAACAUCACUUGUCGAAAGUUCACCAUGUCAAAGGUGAUGCUAUGCAAAGAUUGUUGGCUAUGGCCGACUGGAGAGAAAAGUUCGCCGCCAAUAAUGUGAACGUUAAAAAUGAGUCAUUGGACGAUGAUGUCGACGGGACUCCGUCCCCUUCUGAAGACCAAAUCGACCAGGAGUCCUUUGAGGAAUUGAAAUGUUUGACGUGCUCUGCUAAUUUUGGGACAAUUGACGACCUUGUGGCACAUCAAUCAGAACUUGGUCAUCUCGAAGUUCGGGAAACUCAACACGGCAUCGGAUACUCUUGCUGGAAACCUGGCUGCACUAAGGUUUUCCCGACUACGGAAGUUUUACAUGCGCAUUUCUUGGACGCGCAUAAAAAUAAGCAGUUGUCAGUAUCUGAGAAGCAUGUCUACAAGUACAGGUGUAACCAGUGUAGCCUGGCUUUCAAAACCUUGGAAAAGUUACAAGUUCACUCCCAAUACCAUUUGAUCCGCGAGGCUACAACGUGCUCUCUUUGUGGGAGAACAUUUCGGUCUGUUCAAGCGUUACUGAAGCAUCAGGAAGUGGCUCAUGCAGACAGUUCAGAGGUUGAGCUUUUGCAAGCCAGAGCCAAACUGUUGGCAAAUCCGUUACUACAACCAGGGUUGUCGGGCCAGGUUCUUAAUCCGGCAUUGCUUGAGUUGCUGAAGUCAGAUGCGGCUAAAGAAGACGACAGUGAGGAGGACACGAACUUGUCUGGGGCUGAGAAAAUGGAAGAAGACACUGAUGACGCCCCAGUAACCCAAGAACAGAGGCUUCUGGAGGACUACCUGAAUAGCCAAGCCAUUGCUGAAGAAGCAUACAAUGAUCCAAACAGGAAGUACAAGUGCCACAAAUGUCGCGUGGCAUACACCAGGCAGCUGUAUUUGACUAGUCAUAACAAAACUCUGCUGCACCGCAAGGGUGACAAGUUGUUGUAUCCCAUGGAGAAGUACCUGGAUCCAAACCGACCUUUCAAAUGUGAUAUUUGCAAAGAGUCAUUCACCCAGAAAAACAUCCUCCUUGUUCAUUACAACUCUGUGAGCCAUUUACACAAACUGAAGCGUGUUAUGCAGGACCAGCAAGUUUCAGAUUUGGGUGCAGACAGGAAAAGUCCCACAUCACCAGAGGAACAGCUACCAAGCCCAAGGUCUUCCCAACUUCCAACUUUGUACUCGGGUCUGAAAUCUCAAGACGAAGAAUUGAAACCAUACAAAUGCAACAUUUGUCACGUUGCCUACAGUCAGGGAGCCACUCUGGAUAUCCACAUCCGAUCAGUUUUGCAUCAAACGAGAGCUUCCAAGCUUCAAGAACUCGCCAUGAGUGGGCAAAUCGAUCUGAGCAUUCCUCUGAUUGAGCAGCCCGAGUUGAAGAACGAAAUUGACCCAGAGGGCAAACUGGGUAAAAAUCCUGAAGUAGAAACUUCGAGAAAAAUUCAAGAUAUUUUGGAGAACAGGAGAGGGCAUGAGAACCUAGUGGAUGACGGCACAAGGAUGGAAAUCGCCACGGACAACCCCGAAGAAAAUCUGGGUGUAGCUUCCGGAGUUUCCAAGAGGAAUGGAGCAACUCAAGAGGACCAGUCAAAGCUAGAACCUGAAGUAGUGAUGCAAUUUUUGGAGUAUCAUCAAAGAAAGGAUAGGAUGAAAGUAUCUGGUGAAGUUGCAGAAGGGAAGAAGCCAAACAUUUUGCAUGCUGUUGGUGAUGGGCUGACUUUGCAUGAAGGCAUGAAAAAGGAAGAGACUCCAAAUCUGCCUGAAAUCAACCAGUCCACAUGCCCAAUCUGCCAUAGAACUUUUUCCAGUAUUUGGGUUCUCAGAGCACAUGCUGAGGAAAUUCAUGGUGAUUUUCUUCCCUUGGCAGCUGUGGAGAAAUUCUCUGAAGACUUCAAGACUACCUACAGAGGGAAAGCGACAGGAGAAACUUCGACUCUCAGAGAUGGUGAAAGAGCUACCUUGGACGAUGACAGAUGCUCUAUUGUAAAUCCAGCUACGCCAAAGCUUGAAAACCAAUCUGAAUCCGCGUUGAGCUUGAAAGGAGUGAGUCCCAUGCCCCAAGCACACCUUCCUGGUAAUGUGGGUCAAAUGCCAGGGCAAUCAGUCAACAAUCAUAGCGUAUCUCCUGGCUCCGUUCCGCAAUUGAAUGAAAUGAAUCCUGCGGCUUUGCAACAAAUGCAGCAUUUGAAUCCCAUGCUCAUGGCCUCACUCGGGCUCGGAAUGCCUCACUUCGGGAUGAACAUGCAAGCCUUGGCAGCCAUGAACCUGCAACCACCAUUGGUUCCAUUCAUGAUGAAUGCUGCUGCUCAGUGGGACCCAUUAACUGCUGCACUUCUCAGCAGAGCUUCUCAGACAGCGGGUAGACCCGGGGUUGUUCCUCAAAUGGACCCAGGCUUCUUGCUGAACCCCAAGCUUCUUCAACAACAACAACAGCAGCAGCAAGCCGGUGCUAUGGCAACAACGCAGCAAAAGAGAGCAAGGACUAGAAUCACUGAUGAGCAGCUGAAAAUUCUCAGGGCACAUUUUGACAUCAACAACUCGCCAUCUGAAGAUCAGAUCAAAGAAAUGGCUCGUCAGAGUGGAUUACCUCCGAAAGUGAUAAAACACUGGUUCCGAAAUACUCUCUUCAAGGAGCGUCAGAGGAACAAAGAUUCGCCGUACAAUUUCAACAAUCCGCCGUCAACGUCCCUCAACAUCGAGGAGUACGAGAAAAGCAAGGACGACGCUUUCGGAGCCUCGAACCCUGUGGAACCCCCUUCUCAUGACAACACCCAGGAAACAUUGCAAUCGGUGACUUCUGGUGCUUCAAUCGAAAACCAAAAACCAACAGACAUCCAUGGAACCAUUGUCAAGACAGAGGGCUUCCCACAUGAACCAUCAGUCAUGAUGAGAUCACCGAGUCCUUGCAAGGCAGAGCAUGAGAGACAGUCUUCAAGUUUUGGCGACUCGGCAAGCCCCGGUCAAAAUGCCGGUCAAGGACAGUCACUGACCAUCGGUACUCCUGGACAAAAUCAACUUAAUAUCUCAACUCCUGCUAGGCAGCAUUCAUUUCAAGCCUCGCUGAACUCCCUGCUCAGCAACGCCCCGGGAGUAGCUCAAUCAUCGAGUGUCACCAGUUUCCCGCCAUUCGGAGGCUCACCUGUUCCCCUGCCUCCACGAUCAGACGGUUCACUAACCCCGACUGGAUCAUCUCAGGGUUUUGCAGACAUGAGCAACCCCAGUCCAGGAACCGGCAGUUCGGGAAAAAGAGCCAACAGGACAAGAUUUACCGAUUAUCAAAUCAAGGUGCUGCAAGAGUUCUUCGAAAAUAACGCUUAUCCUAAGGAUGAUGACUUGGAGUACCUGUCAAAAUUGCUCGGCCUCAGUCCAAGGGUCAUUGUCGUGUGGUUCCAAAACGCCCGACAGAAGGCUAGAAAGGUGUACGAAAAUCAACCCCCCGUGGACCCCAACGACGAAGGUGCAGGUCGAUUCCAACGUACCCCGGGACUAAACUACCAGUGCAAAAAGUGUCUGCUGGUUUUCCAGCCCUUUCCUGGACAACAACCGACUCCAAAAGAGGAAGCUUUCCAGUGCGAACACUGCAACGUGUCGUUCCCGCGUUUUGAUCUCUGGCAGGAACAUCAGGUCAUCCAUUUCAUGAACCCGAGCCUGUUUUCGCUGUUCCCGGGAGCAUCGGCGGCCUCCGGGAAUCCACUCGGUUCCGAAAUUCGUGCUACAAAUUUGAUGGACUCCAACGUGGUCCCGUUGCGUGACACCCCAUUGCCAAAUACUGGACACCUGGAGCAUGCCUUGAACCAGCUUCCAAUCAUUGCCAACCAGCAACCAAGCUCAGGUGCGAAGCGGAAACUCGACGAGUCGGGGAAAGACCCCGGCGCGGGUCCCGGGCCGGACCAGCACGGCAAACGGUUGCGCACCACAAUCCUGCCGGAGCAACUGGACUACUUGUACCAGAAAUACCAGAUGGAAAGCAAUCCCAGCCGCAAGGCUUUGGAGACCAUCGCCAGAGACGUGGGUCUGAAAAAACGUGUCGUCCAGGUCUGGUUCCAGAACACCAGGGCCCGGGAACGUAAGGGUCAGUACCGAGCACACGCUCAAGUCAUCAACAAGCGGUGUCCGUUCUGCCCUGCCUUGUUUCGCGUGCGUUCCGCCUUGGAGACGCACUUGGCUUCCAAACACCCCGAUCAGUUCUCUGUCGAAGACAUCAACAUCGAUUCUUUGCCCGACGAAGAGACACUGGGUAACAGCAACGCCAGCUCCGGGGACAAUGCGAGUCGGCAGGGCAAUACCAAGCUUAGCCUGUCUGAAAGCAUGCAGGAGUCGGACUUGCAGCACUUCUACGGGAACUCGCUGCGAAAAUACCUCGCCGAACUGGAAAGCAGAGCGGCGGCGGAUGUCAACAAAACCGAGGUGAAUUUGGAUGGAGCGAAGCCGGGCGGCCACGCGGAAGCCCCGCUUGACCUGAGCAAGCCGAUGGAUCUCACCAAAGCCAUUCGGGGCGAACUUGAUGAACACGAUGAUCUCAUGGGACAAGGCUGUGAUGACACGCGAUCAGAGACUUUCUCGGAGUCUGCGGACUUCCUAGAGGGCGACAUGUACAACGAAAACAGCAGCUCCCCGUCGUCGCCGCUCAGCACGUCGCUGCACGGUGCCUCGCCGAGUUUGGGCAACAACUCGUCACACAGCGCGUCGCCGAAAUCCGCCAGUAAGCGGUUCCGAACUCAAAUGUCCACCGUGCAGGUCAAGGUGAUGAAAGCCAUUUUCGAGGACUACAAAACGCCGACAACGGCCGAGUGCGAGUUGCUGGGCCAAGAAAUCGGGCUCCCGAAGCGCGUGAUACGGGUGUGGUUCCAGAACGCUCGCGCCAAGAUGAAGAAGAAUUGGAUCCUGCAGCAAUCGGACGGCUCGCUGACGCAGCCAAACAGCGAGAACGCGAUGCCGGAAGAAUGCAAGCUGUGCGGCGUCAAGUACAGUCACAAGUACGCGAUCCAAGACCAUUUGUUUUCGCAUCAACACAUCCAGACCGUGAAGACGUUCCUGGAAGAAGCUGAUUCGCAGUUCCCGUCGCUGGUGAUGCAGCAGACGUCGAAGAGCUCGUCGGGUCCCACAAAUGGCAGUGGAGGUCUCGGCAAGCUCGGGUUCGGCAGCUCUGACCAGGCGAGCCGCAUGGACAAGCCGACUGCCGAGCAACUCUUGGCCAAGCUGUGCUCGGGGGCUUUGUCUGGUUUCCCGCUGGGCGAUGUCAAGUUCCCUGCCAACAUGUCGCCUUCCGUGGAGUCCUUCGCCUCGGCAACUUCUGCUGGUGAGUGGCAUUGA